CUCGUCGUCGCAUGGCCGAUUGAGACUGUCGCAGCAGGUUGGUCCAAAACUCGAUGCGAAUCGCGAUUGCCAUCGUUGCCAUCGCGUGUGCCAGCGUCGCAGGGCGCUUCGUCGAUCCAGAGAAGUGCACGGCCAUUCUCGUUGGUGCGAAGGCAUCUGCGACCGGCUCGCCCAUGACGACGCAAACGAACGACUGCGCGGACUGUGACUUUCGUCUGGUCAAAGUGCCCGCGAAGGACCACGUGCCAGGUUCAGUGCGACCUGUCAUCUUGGUCGGUCAACCGUAUCCUCGCUACGUUGGCGAAGACCGCGGACCGACGUACUCAAAGGCGAAUCUGGACAAGUCGCUGUUCAAUUGGACUGACACGAAAGCGAUUGGGUCGAUUCCGCAGGUGAACCAUACGUACGGCUACGUCGAAGGCGUGUACGGCAUCAUGAAUGAGCAUCAACUUGGAAUCGGCGAGUCGACUUGCGGCGCCAAACUAUGGACCAAACCCGUGAGUCAUGGCGGGAAAGCACUAUUGGACAUCACGGAGCUCGGUCGGAUUGCGUUGGAGCGCACCAAGACUGCGAAAGAAGCGAUCCUACUCAUGGGACGCCUCGCCGAGCAGUAUGGGUACUACGGCGCAUCGUGGGACUCGGCUGACGGCGCCAUGGACGAGGCGGGCGAAGCUCUGACCGUGGCGGACCCGAAAGAAGGGUGGAUGUUCCACAUUUUGCCCGACGAUUCGGGAACGUCGGCAGUGUGGGUCGCGCAGCGUGUACCAGACAACCACAUCACGGCCAUCGCGAACCAGUUUGUGAUCCGCCACAUCAACUUGACCGACUCGGACAACUUUUUGGGCAGCUCCAACAUCUUUGACGUCGCAAUACGCAACGCGUUUUGGGACAGCACCACGCCGUUUGACUUUACAGCGGCAUACGCUCUUAGAGAAUCCAACCCGUACACCAUGACACGGCGUGUGUGGCGCAUCCUUUCGCUCGCCAACUCGACGAUCGAUCUCAGUCCCUUCACGGAUGCAAUUGCCACCAACUACCCGUUUUCAGUCCAAACGGACCGACCGGUGACCCCCGCCGACUUAAUGCGAUUCCAGCGAGAUCACUACGAAGGCACGCCCUUUGACUUGACGCAAGGGCUAGCUGCUGGCCCAUACGGCGAUCCCAACCGCUUCAGCCCUGGCCACGUCGUUCCGGGCGGAUCGUUUGAGCGCUCGAUUUCGAUCUACAAGGCCACGUACUCUUACGUGACGACUGCUCAUCCCACCAACGAGAACCAGGCCGUCGUGUGGUUUGGGCCGUACGCGCCGUCGGACACAGCAUACUUUCCGAUUUACCCGAAAGUGAGUGCCGUGCCGGACGUCGCGUCGCGCGGGUCGCUGCAUGCGUUUGAUAUGUCGGCAGCAUUUUGGCUGAACGCGCUGAUCGGGAACUACGCGUCGCGAUAUUACAAGUUCACACAGCCCGUCGUGCGCGCGGAGCAGCUCCGCAUUGAAGCUAAAGCACUCGAGGCCCAACCCGCCAUCCACGACAAGGCUCUGUCGAUUUUCCAAAGCCAAGGAGACGAAGCCCUCGAGACGUACCUCACCAACGUGUGCACGUCGUUUGCCGCGGACGCCCAUUCGAGUUUUACCGCGCUCUUUUCAUCCCUCGUCACGCAAUUCCAUGACGGGUACAUCAUGUCCAACUUGACCGGCCAAGAGAUCGGUGUCACGGCCAUGGGUUACCCUCCAUGGUGGCUUGAUGCCGUCGGAUACUACAACGCGACUCGGGGGCCGCCGACAAUGAACAGCGGCAGCGCAUUCCUCGCUGUCCUGGGGUAUGUCGUGCUCGUGUUUUUGGCUCUCGCCGUUGGAUUCGUCGUCGGCCAACGAGCCGCUCGAUCCAAAGGAUAUGCAUACAUCAAGUAGUUGGAUGCCCCGUGACGUGAAUGCCAGCCAUCUUGAUGUGGCUUCUCGAUGUCAUCUCGGCAACUACCCAGCAUGCAUCUCUCCGUAAAUCGACAAAGAACGUGGAGGGCCAGCGCUUGCCUUCACCCAUAAAAAUGGCCUACGGGGGAUGAUGGUGGCCCUCUACAUGAAGCGAGCCGACGGCUCUGCCUGAGGCCAUAGACCCCUUGCAUGUAACUAUGACGACAGCGCCGCCGCCUCUCCGUGGCAUCAAGUUAAAAGGACUCGGUGUACGGGUCCAUAUUAUUGAAUGAAUGCAUAUCCGCGC